GACAUCAAAACAGAAAAACAGUUGGAGGACGCCUACAGAAGUGUUAAGAAUGGAUGGAUCACCCUAUGGGUGGAUCCACACAGUUCCUUCAAACGAAAACAGGGCGAGAUAGAAAGAAGGGAAGCCGGUAAAGCAAUGAGGAAGAGAAAUUCAGGUAUGAAUGGAAAACCAUAUUGCCUGUCUUUCCCGCUUGUUACAAAAUUACUCAAUGUUUAAUGGAAACAAUGUCCUCCUUUUUUUUUCAUUCAGACGACACUAUCGACAGCGGUGACAGUAUGGAAGAGGACGACCAUGACUCCUACGAAAACAGACUCGCGCGACUGCGAGAAAAACACGGAGGAACAUUAGCGGACUUUAAACUGAAAUGUUGGGCAAAAAUGUUGGUAAGCUUGGACAUAAAAAAAAUUUAUUUUGGUAAAAUAGAAAAAAUUAAUCCAAUAUUUGAAUUUGGCUCUUCAAAAACUACAUAUUUUAAAAGCAUGUGCGUACAUUUGUUAUUUUAAAUUACAAACUUUGUCCGUCAUUGUUCAUGGACGAAAAAUACAAUGGUAUGCCUUGACUGUUUUUUUUUUAUUAUUACCACAGGUAGAUAAAACUCAUCACAGUGAGGAUGAAAUGCCUCAGGUUUCCUUCUUUACCGGGAGGAAUAAAGCCAGCUGUUCAACGGUUGACCUACCUUCAUCUUCUUCAGCUCAGUCUUCAACGAAAGAAACAACAUUUAACUCAAUUUCGGGUGCUGAGGAAAAGGUAACUCUCUCACUUGAUACUCCACCUUGGAACAAAGAGCGCGAGUCAAUCCUGGAGAGUGAUUUUUUGUCGUUGCAAUUGCUGCCAUUAAUUGCAACAACAAAACUCUGAAACCGGCGUUUUUUCUUUUAAAUCUUGUGCUCGAGAUCCAUAAAUUUUGAAAGCACACUCGUCACCUCUACUUAACAAGAGAAAAUUGCACUCCUUACUGAUGUAAUUUAUUUUUCUUCAUUUUCCACAGCUACGUUUACAAAGUAUGAUCUAUAACCAGAUUGCACAACUGAAGGAUCUG